UUGCGCUCGGGCUGUGUGCAGUCAGGGCUGUAUAAAACCAGCGCACGAUCAGUCCUCUGGUAUCUUCCCCAUCAACGCAUUCACAAAUCGAGUGAAGCGAGACUUCUAAGGGACUUUCUGACUCUUGAGGAAAAAUGGAUCCUUGCGAUUGCGCCAAGACUGGAACUUGCAAUUGUGGUGCCACCUGCAAGUGCACUAAUUGCCAGUGUAAAACAUGCAAGAAGAGCUGCUGCCCCUGCUGCCCGUCUGGAUGCAGCAAGUGCGCCUCUGGCUGCGUGUGUAAGGGCAACUCCUGCGGCUCCAGCUGCUGUCAGUGAGGAGGUCAACGUGAUGUUUUGUUACAACUCAUCUAUGUGAACCUGUUCGUCUGUGCUGCGCGUCUUCGUUUUUGCAUCGCAUGAAUGUAGUCUUUUUACAAGAUAAUAAAUGGCCUCUAGUUCUCAAAUCUGACUGUUUAAUGUCGCAAAAUCGUUUAACAAAGGCUAAAGGGGGAGAAAAAUGCACUGAUUUGCACUGCUAUAAAUAAGACUAUCACAAUAUGUCUGUUCUUUAUAAAAAGACAAAUGUAAUUUUUUUUUUUCUGCAAUAUACUUUGCCUACAAUAUAAACGUCAACGUUA